AUGUCAUCAAAGAAUAUUGACAUUGAAGAGAAUAUCUCAAAUGUGUGUGCGCAGCCCAAGCAAUCCAAUGUGUGGCAACACUUUGAGAAAAUUGUCAAUGAGACAACCGGCAUAGUAGACCGAACAAAGUGUUUGUAUUGUGCAAAGAUGUUGGUGUUUAAUGUGAUGAAUGGAACUUCUUCUAUGCAUAAGCAUUUAUCCAGUUGUGAGAAACGCCUAAGCAAUGUAGAUAAAAGCCAAACACUUAUCUCAACUUUCAAGACUACAAACAAAGAAAGAGCAGAAAGUAGUACGAUUAGCACUUGGAGAUUCAAUCAAGAAGUGUCUAGGCAGUUGCUUGCUGAAAUGAUUAUUAUUAUGGAAGAACAUUUUCGAAUGGUGGAGCAGCCACCAUUUAGGAGAUUUCUAAGUUCAUUGCAACCUUUGUGGUCUGAUAUUUCUCGCAACACAUUGGCUAGGGAUGUUGUGAAGCGUUUUGAUUCUGAGAAGGUUUUACUGAAAAGUAAGUUGCACUCUCUAAAGUCUAGGAUUGCUUUGACUAUUGAUAUAUGGACUUCAAUUCAGAAUAUUAGCUACUUAUGUCUCACUGGUCACUACAUUGAUGAUAAUUGGGUUAUACAUAAAAGAAUUCUCAAUUUUGUGCCCAUUAGUAGUCACAAGGGAAGGGAGAUAGGGAAAGUGGUUGAGAAGUGCAUUUUCAAUUGGGGUAUUGAAGAUAAAGUGUCCACUAUAACAGUUGAUAAUGCUAUCGCUAAUGACGUGGCAAUCGCUUACUUAAGGGGCAAAUUAGCGCUACUUCUGGAUGGCGAGUUCUUCCAUAUAAGAUGUACUGCUCAUAUUAUGAAUUUGAUUGUAAAUGAUGGUUUUAGUGAGACAAAGGAUUGUAUUAGCCGAAUUCGUAAUUCGAUUAAGUAUGUGAGGAGUUCCCCUACUAGAGCCGAAACAUUUCAAAGAUGUGUGAAAGAAGAAAGGAUUGCUUAUAAAGGUGGUGUGUGUCUUGAUGUUGCUACUAGAUGGAACUCCACCUAUUUGAUGUUAGAUGUUGCACUAAAAUUCAGGAAAGCUUUUUAG